CCAGAGCAAAGAAAGCAGCAGAGAAGGAAGCCAAAGCAAAGAAGCAGAAAGCCCCGAAACCCACUAAAAAGCCCAAAGCCCCGAAACCCACCAAGAAACCCAAAGCCCCAAAACCAACAAAGAAGCCGAAGGCGCCCAAAGCCACCAAGAAGCCGAAGGUGGUGGUGACGACAACGCCGCCGCCGCCGCCAGAGACCAAGAGGUCGUCUGUGGACGAGGAGGAGGAGAGGCUGCUGAUUGAGCUCGGCUGGGGAACACUGGUUCGACCUGCGACCCCGAAGGCCCCUGUAUGGGAGGAGCCCGUCGAGCCGGAUCUGGAUAUUAUCCGUGCUAGACAAAAAACCACAACUACUGAGACCAUCAUGUACAUACCAG